CGUGAAGAAGCUCCGGCAGUUUGCUCAAUCCCCUCAGCCUCACUCGUAUUCAGGCUGCCGCUGGAAGUGAGAAUUUGGGAGCGAUUAAAGGCGGGAUACAGAUCUUUAGCAAACAAGGGGGACACUGAGCUGUAGUGUUGGAGUUCCGACUCGGAGUCACGGCAUGGGGAACGGCAUCAGUAAGGUUCUUCCAGAUUUGUACUUGGGAAACUUUAAAGAUGCGAGAGAUAGAGAACAGUUAGCCAGCAACAACAUAACACACAUCCUGUCUGUCCAUGAGUGCGCAGCUCCUAUGCUACCGGAGAUGACCUAUCUCUGCCUUACAGCAACAGACAUGCCCUCACAGAAUAUAAUUCAACACUUUAAAGAGAGCAUAGUGUUUAUGCACGAGUGUCGGCUGAAAGGAGAAGGCUGCCUCGUUCACUGUUUGGCAGGAGUGUCUCGCAGCGUCACCCUGGUGAUAGCCUACAUCAUGACAAUAACAGGCCUGGGCUGGCAGGACGUGCUCAACGCAGUGAGAGUGGUCCGGCCCUGCGCCAACCCCAAUGUGGGUUUCCAGAAGCAGCUGCAAGAGUUUGAAGAUACUCAAGCUGAAGAGUUCAGGAAAUGGUUUCAAAUGAAAUACAAGGACAACCCCUUCAAUGAUACUAUGGACAUACUUAAGCUUCUGGGCAGGGUGCCUGAUGUCAACGAGAAGGGAAUGGAAAACAAUGUCUGCUCCACCUGAAUGUAUUUGAACUGAGCUGAGAUCUUUUGCAGCUCAACCAAACUGACUGUGACAUCCUGAAGAGGUUUGCAACUGGGUGGAAGUAUGAAAUGCACAGUUUUCUGACUCUUUCUUACGCAUUAAAUGACCGUGAUGGACUCCUUACAUGCAUUGCAUAUGUUUCUAACGUUGAACUGAACAAUCUUUAGUUUGUUUUAUUAUUAUUAUUAUUUUUUUUUACUUGUAAAUGUUUUUUUUUAAAUGUGUUUGUGAUCUGAAAUUGAUAAAUAAAAGAAGCAAAGCCAACUGCUUGGGUAGAGGUUGUCGGUCGAUGGUCUGUAAUGUUGGAGGUGAUAAGACACUGCGCCUUUUGCUACUUGGUUUCCUGGUUCUCUUCCUGUUUGUCUCAUGUGCAAGGGAGGUCAUGCAUGGUGGCAUUACAACCAUCAAGAUCACACCCUUUUAUGAGUCUGGUCUUAGGUAUUUUCAUAAGCUGCAGAACAGCAAUAAAAGUUUUGUUUUGCUUUUAAAAUUGACCAUAAAUCUUAUAUAUUUGGUAUA